ACUUCUUACCAAGUCAGAUGUUGAACCGACCCGAUACUUAUGGUUCAAUGAAGGAGGCCACCAGAAUAAUCUGCAUGUGAAAUUUGGUAUUGCAUGUUUUCGGGUUCGUACCUCUUCCUUCACCAAUUCUUCUUUGUUGGAGUUCACGUUUUUGCAGCCCCGAUCAUACGCCGAACCCAUCGACGGUCGUCUUGCCGACUUAAUCCCUGCCCAGUUCAAAACCAACACUCGUUGGAUCGAAGCCGCGCCCACCAUCUGCAUGGCGGAUAUCAAUGUCAUAGAUCACACUGGUGCUGCGGUCCCCGAAAACCUCCUUGCAUCAACCCUUGGAGGUGCCACCGUGGACAUCGCUUUUACACUGCGUGGUUGGAAGUUCGGUCGUGAUGCGACCUGGGGUUUCGCUUUGGAUGUUAAGCAAAUCGUUGUACUCCGACCUGAACAAACAGAAAUCGCACCUCCCUUCCCUUUCUAUAAUCCAAUAACGCCACCAAGGUCUAACACUGCUUACUACCCCCCUAUGCCAAUGACACCUUCAAAUACUGCCGGUACGC